CCAAGGAAAGAAGACCCAGACAGCAAGGCGCUUGGAGCUGCAGUAGACGGGGGUGGGGAGAGAGAGAAGCUCAGAAAAUGGCAAGAACCAGCACCAAGGACACCUCAGUGUUCUUUUGGGCAACUCUGCUUCUAUGGGCAAUCUCAAUCCUGUUCGAGUUCUUCUUCAACGAGAGAAGGGAACUUCUUGCUGUAAUCUUGGGCUUCACUUUCUACCAAGCAUCCAACUUCUUCAUCCGCUGCUCUCUCUCUAGAGACCCUCUCUUCAUCAACACCUCCGUCUCCUUGCUCCACUCCUUUGUCACCUCCGCUUCAGUUGUCUUCAUUCUGAUUAAUCAAUUGACGAUUAAAGGUCUCAGCGACAUGUUUGACCACACUCAGUUAGUUGGUAAUACAUGGCUUGGUGCAUAUUCAGCGCUGUGCUUUUCAUGUGGUUACUUUGCAUAUGACCAGCUGGACAUGCUCAAACAUCGACUAUAUAGUGGUUUUGUUCCUUCCAUCCUUGCUCACCAUCUUAUACUGCUUGUUUGCUUUACACUGGCUCUCUACCGAAAUGUCACAAUCAACUAUUUGGUUUUGACGCUUGUGUGCGAGCUGCAUUCAAUCUUUCUCCACAGCAGAAAAGUACGAAGAAUGGCUGGAUUCCGUGAUUCCAACAGCAAAAUAGUGAAAGCAGAGUGGAUGCUCAAUUGGGUUGCAUUCUUCAUAGCAAGGCUUGGAUGCCACAUUUUCAUUACAUACAAACUCAUUGUCGAUGCAUCGAAGUUUGACAAGGGAAUCGAGCUUCCUCUUGCUCUCUUUGGGAUGGCUGGAAUGAAUUUGCUCAACUUAUUUCUCGGUCUUGAUCUCUUCAAAGCUUAUAAGCGAGAGCGGAAUCAGCAAAGGCGUCAGGAUUAAUAAAGGAUAAUAUAAUGUAACACUUCCUUAUUCUGCAGGAGUAGUUUGUUGUAUGUUGAUUAGAUGACCUUGUAUUCUGUAAUUUUUUGUUUAUAGAUGAAGAAAAUGAUAUGUUCUUGGUUGUUCAUAGAUGUUUAGCAUCUAGCAAUGCAAUUUUAAGCAUAUGGAUGUAAAUGUUAUUGGUCGCUAUAAGUUGUUGAAUUCAAUUUUUCUAGCCGUUUAUACA